AUGCCGCUAUGGAAUACUGUAAGGUCAAGGUCAGUUUUUUUCGCGAAACUGUCGUUCAAACGAUCCAAAUUGGCCACGAACCGGUUUAAUUCCACAUCUACAGCUGCGCUUCUAUUGCAGAAGAACUUGGCUCUACGGAAUCACGCGCUUUACAACUAUGAAAACGAUACCCUCAGAUGCACCGUAUUGGACUCCAAGGGAAAUAUGACCACACCAUCGAUGGAAAUCAAAAGAGAUGAGUUGAUCUCAACGCAUGGACUACUUCCUCGAGAUCUACGGAAAAUUGAAAAAUCCAGAAAGAACGAUUUGGUACCGAGUUUGUUGGUCAGAGAGAAUAGUAUUUUGAUCAGUUUGCUUACGAUUCGGGCGCUGGUGAAAUGUGACGCAGUGAUUCUUUUCGAUUCGAUGGGCAUCUCGUUGGAAUCGCGAGCACACACGAAUUUUCUUACGGAUUUAAAGGCAAGACUUCGCAAUCAAGAGGGCAAUGGUAUUACAAAAGAUCCGCUGCCGUACGAAUUCAGAGCCCUGGAAUCGAUUUUCAUUUCUGCACUUUCGAAUUUGGGUGCCGAGAUGAAAGUCCAUCUUACGGUAACAAGAGGCAUCCUUCAGGACUUAGAAUAUGGUAUUACACGGGAUAAACUGAGGUUCUUGCUGGUACAGAACAAAAAACUCAGUAUUUUCCACAAGAAGGCUGCUUUAAUGGGAGAAAUGAUCGAUGAUUUGUUGCAGCAAGACGAUGAACUGUGCGAGAUGUACCUCACAAGCAAAAAAGCCGGCAAAAUACGCGACAAAGACGAUCACGCCGAGAUCGAGAUGUUGCUUGAAACUUACUACAGCCAUGUCGACGAAAUCGUACAGACGGUGCGAAACAUGAUGACCAACGUCAAGACGACAGAAGAAAUCAUAAACAUCAUAUUGGACGCUCAUCGAAACCAGCUUAUGUUGUUGGGGCUUCGAUUUUCGAUAGGAUUACUUGCAUUGGGUGCCUCCAUUUACGUGGCCUCACUGUACGGUAUGAACCUGGAAAACUUCCUGGAAGAAGGAAACAUAGGUUUCCCGCUAAUCACGAUCGCUUGUGCUUUCCUGAUGGCAUUAAUUUUCGCACACAGCAUAAGGCAACUACACAGGAUCCAAAAGAUGACUUUGAUGGGUAGUCAAAGGUCUCAACUAAAAUGA